GAUUAUACUAUUUUUAUUUUGGUCAAAAAUCUUGGAGCAAAUCUACAGCCUUCUAAAGACUACUUCCGCUUUUGUCUCUUUACAUUAAUCAUUAUGCGCGAUGUUUACAAUGGAUAAAUGUUGACAUCUAAAAAGGCCUACUUGUUAAGUAGUAAACACGCUGGAAAAUAAUGUGUUUAGUUACAUCCAAAAGUGCGUUUUCUGAAGAUUUCAAUUAUAUCUUUACUUUUGUGGCCCAAAUUUGUGAAGCGAAUCUACCGCCAUGUAAAUCGACUGUGAAGGAAAAGAACAGCAGUCAAAACGAGGAUGAGGUUCGCGAAGAAGCUGAAGAGACGGAGAGUAGAUUUCCCGACGAAGAAACUCGUCCUAAGCAACCUUUGCGCAUGAGACGUCGUGGCGGUGUUAGUGCUAGCGUUAUUUCUGAAGCAGAAGCGACUUCUUAUGUUAAAAAGGUCGUCCCGAAGGACUAUAAAACCAUGGCUGCCCUGUCAAACGCGAUUGCAAAGAACAUCCUUUUUUCGCAUUUAGAUGAAACUGAAAGAAGUGAUAUCUUUGAUGCCAUGUUUUUAGUUAAGCAUAACAUUAGUGAGAUUGUUAUCCAGCAGGGUGAAGAGGGUGAUAACUUCUACAUUAUUGAUAGUGGUGAAGUUGAGGUGUAUGUUAAUGAGCAGCUAGUGUCAGUAAUUGGUGAAGGGGGUGCAUUUGGUGAGCUUGCAUUGAUUUAUGGUACUCCAAGAGCUGCAACAAUCAAGGCCAAAACUGAUCUCAAGUUGUGGGCCAUAGAUCGGGUUAGCUAUCGUCGUAUUAUUAUGCUGAGCCAGAUUAGAAAGCGAGAGCUGUACCAAAGUUUCUUGGAGAAAGUGUCAAUUCUUGAGUCUUUGGACAAGUGGGAAAGAUUAACUGUGGCAGAUGCCUUGGAACCAGUCUCAUUUGAUGAUGGUGAAUAUGUUGUGGUACAAGGCGAGCAGGGAGAAGAUUUUUUUAUUAUUGUUGAGGGAAAUGCUGUCGUGUUACAAAGACGUAGUGCAAACGAACCUUUUGUUGAAGUUGGUAGACUUGGACCAUCAGACUAUUUUGGUGAGAUUGCUUUACUCUUGAAUAGACGUCGUGCGGCUACUGUUCAAGCCCAAGGAUCUUUAAAAUGCGUGAAACUUGAUCGUCAGAGAUUUGAACGACUGCUGGGCCCGUGUGUCGAUAUUUUAAAACGAAACAUUGAACAGUACAACAGUUUUGUUUCGUUGGUCGUGUAAAAUUUAUUGCAAUUUCUUGAAUUCAAGAGUAAUCCAUCAAUUGUACAUCGGCCUACCAAGCUCAUAUACUGGUUUCCGAAGUACCCUGACCUAGGUACUUGUUGUACAUCUAGAAGGCGCAUAAUGACUUGUAUAUUACACUCAGCGUUAAGAAAUUGUUUAAAGUGAGUUCAGGCUCGUUUCCAGUCAGGCUUGAUGAUUUACCCUGAACCCUAUUUGAUGCACGGAAUUAUAUUUACAGAGGUCAGUACUAUCCGCCAAAACAGCUGCUAUGAUCGAUAAGCAUUCCUUGUUGUAAUGAGGCAUUCCAUUGUGUGGCACGUUUUAAUCUUGACCAUUUUACUUUAGAUUUGAACUUUUUGGUUGGUCAAUACAAUCACAUAAAUUUGCUUAAUUACAUAACAGAUUAUAUCAGAAAAUCUAAAAUUGCUAGAAUGAUUGUACACGAGUUUUACUAUUAGCAAGUGGAUUAUGUUUGACAUAUAUUGAGAAAUUAAAUAAUUCUACCAGGAAA